AUGCAGCAGGAGGGUGGAGGAAGAGGAAGAGUUGAGCUAAUGGGUAGUCUGCAACCGCAAGAUCGGAGGGUGAAGCCAUCAACAGGUGAAAAUCAACAACAACAACAACCACCACAGCAGCCACAGAAAUGUCCUCGUUGUGAAUCUCUGAAUACCAAAUUUUGUUACUACAACAAUUACAGUCUCUCUCAGCCUCGUUAUUUCUGCAAGACUUGUAGAAGAUACUGGACUCAAGGAGGAACCCUCAGAAAUGUUCCUGUGGGAGGUGGAUGUCGAAAGGGGAAAAGAUCCAAAAGACCCUCUUCAGCAGAUAAUCCACCGACAAGGUCAACAACACAGCAACAAUUAAUUUCUGCUUCAGCUACUACUUCCAAUACUGCUGUAACAUCAACGACAACAGGAGAAACUGAUUUGAUUAUGGUUGCUGCUUCUAAUCCGAUCCCUUCCAUGACAUCUGCUCCAUCUUCUUCUGUCUAUUAUGGUGGUGGAGGGUUCUUGUCUUCCUUGGCAACACUUCAAUCUUUCAAUCCAUCCAUGAAUGUCGGUGGGGAUUUCGGGGGUUCUAAUUUGGCUCUGUUACAAGGAUUUGGUCUCCCUUCUUUCACUCCACAACAGCAACAACAGCUUCAGCAAUCACAAGCAUUCCAUAUGGGUAAUAGAGAGACAAAGCCCUUACAAGUUUUUCCUACAGAAGAGAACCCAAUUCAAGGAAGCAGCACUAGGUCUUCUACUUCUCAUCAGAACUGGCAUCAAAGCUUUAUUGAAGCUUCUAAUUCCAAAUCUGAACCAACUUAUUGGACCAGCAGCAGUGGCCACAACAACAACAACAACAACAACAACCACAACAACAGCAACAGUAACAACACUACUUCUGGUUCUUCUUUGAUACCAAGUCAGUGGUUGUCUGAUCUACCAGGUUAUGGUCAUUCUUCACAACCCUUCUUAUAGUUCAAAUCUCUUGAAAGCUUAAUGAUCUGACUCUAUGAAUUCGGGGAAUUCUUUUUUGUUUUUCUAUAGAAACCAUUGAAUC